CGGCGAUGAAGAGCACCCAAAUCCCACACCAUCGUCUCCAUAACCCUCUGCUCUCCCUCCUCUUCCUCGCAGCAGAAGAAGCAGCCCAGAUCACCAUGGCGGCCCAGUUGGAGCACGCGGCCGCGACGCAGGAGGCGGCCGUGCACAUCAUCUACGUCGACCGCCCCGAGGACGUCGACCCCGAGGAGUUCCACAUCUGCACCCUCUCCCCCGUCCUCGGCAGGUAUAGUGCCGAGAAGGUCAGGGACUCGAUGCUCUACCACUACAAGCACGAUGCCAGCGGCUUCUCCGUGAAGCUCACCGCCGAGCAGGUCGAGAACCUCAAGAGUGAGUGCCCCCUUCCUUCUAGUUCAUGGAGUUCCAUUUGUACUUGCUUACUGAAUUCUUGAUGUGGAAUUUAGUUGCUGA